AGCGGGGUCUGCACACUCACAUUCUCUUCCUCCAUCGCAAGCUCCAGCUCAGACUUCCUCCACAGGGUUCUUCGUACCCGCCUUGCCCUGAUAUAACCAACCGAAUCUCCGCCGCGCUUAUGCGUGCUGUUUCAAUCUUCACUUCCCAGGACUACAUCUCUGACCACCUGUGGAAAGCUUCCAUUAACUAAGAGCCGUUCCCACGAACCCGCUACUACUUCCACCACCUACUACAACCUCUUCUCAAGAUGAUGUCGCAAUUCUUCAAGCCCACCGCGGUCAGGUCCGCUGGUGUCCUGGGACAAGUGACAAAGAAUCGAGCACAAGCCCGAUUGAUGGCCACUGUGCAGAGCAACACGCCCCGACAGAUGGCCACCCCUCAGCGAAUCGCCACGCCCAUUUCUACUGAGAGGGCUACCUUCACCAUCAAGAAUGGACCAAUCUUUUCCGGAAAGUCGUUCGGUGCCAAGGUCAACAUGUCUGGUGAGGCUGUCUUCACCACCUCGCUCGUCGGAUACCCCGAGUCGAUGACCGACCCCUCCUACCGUGGCCAGAUCCUCGUCUUCACUCAGCCCUUGAUUGGCAACUACGGUGUGCCCUCUUUGGCCCGCGAUGAGCACGGUUUGCUCCGCCACUUCGAGUCUCCCCACAUCCAGGCGUCCGGAAUCGUCGUUCAGGACUAUGCUAUCAAGCACAGCCAUUGGACUGCUGUUGAGAGUCUGGCUCAAUGGUGCGCUCGCGAGGGGAUCCCGGCCAUCUCCGGCGUAGACACCCGUGAGGUCGUCACAUACCUUCGUGAGCAGGGUUCUUCGUUGGCCCGCAUCACCAUUGGAGAAGAGUACGAUGCCGAUGAGGAUGAGGCCUUCGUUGACCCUGAGGCCAUCAACCUUGUCCGCCGUGUUAGCACCAAGGCUCCGUUCCACGUGAGCUCCUCGCUCGGCGACAUGCACGUCGCGUUGAUCGACUGCGGUGUGAAGGAGAACAUCCUACGCAGCCUCGUCUCUCGCGGAGCCAGCGUUACUGCGUUCCCCUUCGAUUACCCGAUCCACAAGGUCGCCCACCACUUCGACGGUGUCUUCAUCUCCAACGGACCCGGCGACCCAACCCACUGCACUUCCACUGUGUACAACCUACGCAAGCUCUUCGAGAGCUCCCAGCUGCCCAUCAUGGGCAUCUGCAUGGGUCACCAGCUCCUCGCCCUCGCGGCCGGCGCCAAGACCAUCAAGCUCAAGUACGGCAACCGCGCGCACAACAUCCCCGCCCUGGACCUGACCACCGGAAGGUGCCACAUUACCUCCCAGAACCACGGCUAUGCCAUCGACCCCACGACGCUUCCCGCCGGCUGGAGGGAGUACUUCACCAACCUGAACGACCAGUCUAACGAGGGCCUCAUCCACAACACUCGCCCCAUCUUCAGCGCGCAGUUCCAUCCCGAGGCUAAGGGCGGCCCGCUCGACUCGGGCUACCUCUUCGACAAGUACAUCGAGAGCGUCAAGAAGUACAAGGAGCAGCAGGCCAUGUUCACAAGCAAGGACAACAAGCCUAGCCCGCUGCUGGUGGACUUGCUCAGCAAGGAGCGUGUCGGCGUACACCCGGCGCACCCGGAUGACUCUGAGGGCGGCCACACGGUUGGAAAGCUGCAGGAGGUUGUCAUGGACACCAAAGGCACGCCGGCGCCGCAGCCCAUCGCAGCUGCUGCGUAAACUGGCUGGCUGUUGUCUUGUGUGAUUCGUUAGCGAUUGGUUUUGGUCAUUUGGGGAGUUUGUCUGUGCUCAAGGGUCUUGGUUUGCUUUCCUCAGUCUUGUUUGCCAUGUAUAUACUAGUUGUGCGUCCGGAAAUCCAACAACAAUGAUAUCGAAAAAC